AAAAAAACUUUUACGUUGUCACUUGACAAAAACUCUCAUCUUUAUAAAUUUAUCAUGUGCAGAGUGAUGGAAUAGGAUUAAAAUAAUUUCGCGAAUCACUUUACAAAAUAAUAAUAAAACAAACAAAAAAUCGUACAAAAUCUACCUGUAUCGCAGUGUAACCAGAAACGCGACGUGACAUGCAGAUACUAUCUAACGUCGUUGUCGUAGUUGUUGGCAUUUAACGAAAAACCAAGAAAAAAAAAUAUUUUUUUAUAAUUUCUCAAGAUUUUGGGCAAAUUGAAAUCGGUGAAGAUGUGGUCGCCCAGCGGCGAAUCGGAAAUCAGCUCAAUUGCGAUGACAACAAUGCGAAAUUCGGUCUCGACAUCGUCUGGCAUCUCGUCGUUAUCCAGUUGCGGUGACCCGGAGAGAUUACCUGAAUUGCCGCCCGGCGAUGAGAUACGACUCCAACGUGCUGCCUUGAAUUUACAACAGAAACUCAUUUUGCGCGAAUGGCUGAAGGAGCAUCGGUUACAUCAUCACUAUUCCAGACUAAUAUCGAUAGAAGUGAGUUCCUUAGAAGACGUCUACUGGCUCGAAGAUUCCCGCGCAAGUCAAAUUCUCGGCAAAGAUUGGCCAAUAUGGUCUCAGGCACGUCAAAAACUUCCCACAUCAAAAUCUCAACUGGAAAAUCUCAAAUCCGAGCUAUGGUCAACUGUCGUAAAAUCAAGUCAACAUCAAGAUGCGUGGACCUGGGGAGGCGUUUUAGUCGUUUCCGUCUCAGUUGCGGGUCUUGUAACGCUCGCAGCGAUGACACAACCAUCUCUGGCACCCGAAGCACGUCACUCGUUGUUGCAAUAUGUCACGGGAAAGUAUUUGCUGCCGGCAAAUUGCAAAGUUCAGUUCGAUUGGACCGAUCCGGCAGUUGUGGGUGACACAAUGUGUUUCCAAGUGCGGUUCUACCAACGAAACGGACAAGCAUACCCGAUCUGCGACUCGGAUCAGUUCUUCGUGGAAGUCAGCGAAGGCACGCGAAAAGUCGUGACGAUCAGCGAAUUGGGUUCCAGCACGGAUCCGAAUAACGCCAAUGUCGCCAAAGUCAAAUUCACCGUCAGAACCGCCGGGCAAUACAAGAUUUCCGUGCUAAUUGGCAGCAAUCACAUCGCCGGAAGCCCCUUUUUGAGGACUUUUGUGCCCGGCGCCAUGGAUGCACGUCGCUCAAGACUGAUAAGACCCGCAAGUACGGUCGUUUGUUGCGCUGGCGCUCCCACCUUGCUGCACAUCGAGCCGCGCGACGAAUUCGGGAACACGUGCCAAUUCGAUGCGAACGCCGAUCCCGUGCACGGCUACGAAAUCGAGAUUUACGACUUGCACGGAAAGUUGUGCGAAAAAUAUUUGAGUGUCAUUUCGUUGGCGUACGACAAAGUGAACGCACGUGUCAUCAUGACGCUAAAUUUCCCCGAGCCCAUUUGUUUGCGUGCCAUCGUGAGUUAUCGCGGACAGCGACUGCCAAACGGGGAUUUUGACAUCAUUGUCUUGAGCAGUAGUGACUCGGCACAAGUCCACAAAAGUAUCAUAUCGAAGAAGCACAACAUUUGUUACGAAGCAAAGUUAUUAAGUAUUUAUGGGCAGCCGAAGCAAAAAGCACGGAAAGUCCUGUGUUACAUCGGACCGAAGCAGGUCACCAUCAAAGAAAUGAUUCUGAAAUUUAUUCCGAAGCGCAUCGCCACAUUCCGAUUAUGUCCGUCCACAAAGUUCACUUUUCUACCAUCAUCACCUUUACAACCGCAUGGCGCCGUGUUCAUCGUCGACGAUGGGGCUCAACCGAAAAUCGAAUUGGCAUCCAAAGAGCGGAACAUCAUCGCCGCCACCUUUACGCAUUUCCUGCUGAAAAACAUCGGCGGCUCCGAGACCUUCAAGGACAAGCAGGAUUUCUUCUAUCACGAAGUCCGGAAAUUUCAUGCGCAUUAUUACCACGAAAAACUCGCCGUCAAAGUUUCGCGCGACAAAAUCCUGGAAUCCAGCAUGAAAGCGACCAAAGGCUUCAGUGUGAGUGACUGGUGCGGCAACUUCGAGGUGACUUUCCAGGGCGAGCAGGGCAUCGAUUGGGGCGGUUUGCGUCGCGAAUGGUUCGAACUCAUCUGCAGUGCGUUGUUUGAUCCUCGCAGCGGACUUUUUUGUACUUUUCACGACAAACGUCAGGCACUCGUGCAUCCCAACCCGAAUCGACCGCCACAUUUGAAGCUGAAAUAUUUCGAAUUCGCGGGAAAAAUCGUCGGAAAAUGUUUGUACGAAAGUGCUUUGGGAGGAACUUACCGCCAACUGGUCCGAGCGCGCUUUAGUCGAUCAUUUUUGGCGCAACUCAUCGGCUUGCGAGUCCAUUACAAGUACUUUGAACAAGACGACCCGGAUUUGUAUCUGUCCAAGGUGAAAUAUAUCCUCGACACGGAUUUGGAUGCGAACGACAAUCUCGAAAUUUUCUUCGUCGAAGAGGUUUACGACACAUUCGGGCAACUGCUGAAAACCAUCGAACUCAUACCGAACGGCGCCAAAGUUCGCGUCACUAAUGCGACAAAAAAUCAGUAUUUAGAUGCAUUAGCACAACAACGUCUUUGUAUCAAUGUACGUGACGAGAUCGAUAGCUUCUUGAAAGGACUUAAUGGAAUUAUACCGGAUAAUUUAUUGAGCAUUUUCGAUGAAAACGAGUUGGAGUUAUUGAUGUGCGGCACCGGAGAAUAUUCCAUCGCCGAUUUCCGAGCCAACCACAUUGUAAACGGCAAUUCAGCUGAAUUCCGACGCGUUCUUGGCUGGUUUUGGGCUGCCGUCGGCAAUUUUAGCAAGACUGAGAUGGCGAGACUGCUGCAAUUUACUACGGGAUGUUCGCAAUUGCCGCCCGGAGGAUUUCAGGAACUAAACCCAAGAUUUCAACUAACAGCAGCACCAACAUUCGGAAAUCUGCCGACAGCUCAUACAUGCUUCAAUCAGUUAUGCCUGCCGGACUACGAGAAAUACGAGCAUUUCGAACGGGCACUCCUCUAUGCCAUCAGCGAAGGCACCGAAGGCUUCGGAAUGGUCUAAAAACGCAAAAUUUAAUUGUAUCAAUUAGCAGAAAAAAAAUAUUAUAUCGAUCAGUGAUCAAGUGUGUAUCUUUCGGUUUGCUAGAAAACCCGCUUAUACUCAUCAGAUGAAACGCUUAUAUUACAAAAAAAAAAUUAUUAGUGUUACAUAAAUAUACAAUUAAUCGUAAAAAAAAUCAAUUAAUCGAUAGGUUGAAGAAAAAAUUACAUUAAAAAGCAAUCACUUUUGAUUCCAGUGAAUUUUUCGGCUUAAUUUCUGUCAUCAUGCGCAUUGUUAGCUGUGUAGUUGCUCAUUAAAAAACGAUCUAACUGCCCAAAAAAUAAAAAAAAAAUAAAACCAAAAAAAGUAAAAUAGAAGAAAAUCGAAGUGCAUUUGAUCAAAUAUUACGAUAAAAUUACAUAGAAAGCCUUUUAUUAUCAUAAAAAUGGGGAAAUAGUCACUAAACUCUGC